GGGGCUGUUUAAGAUUAUCUAACAUCACUCAAUCGGUUGAAAUCAUCUGAAGGGUCUGUAAAGUCAAAGGCUUCGCGAGAACCUCAUAGAAAUUCCAGAAACAUGGCCAAGCUGGACGAACGCAUCGGCUUCAUUGGGGGCGGCAACAUGGCCUUUGCCAUUGGAUCCGGACUGGUGCGCUGCGGGAUCGUGAAGGCCAGCCAGGUGCUGGUCUCGGGUCCCCACAUCGAGAACCUGCAGCGCUGGCGCGACCUGGGAGCUGUGACCAGCGACGACAACUGCGAGGUGCUGGAGCACACGGACAUUGUCUUCAUCUGCGUCAAGCCGCACAUGCUGGCACCCUGCGCCGAGCAGCUCAAAUACAAGCACGUUCCCUCGGCCAAGGACGCCAGCAAGCUGAUUGUCUCGGUUCUGGCGGGCACCAGCGUUCAAACGCUGGAGGAGGCCUUCAGCUUCAUGGGCAGCUCCGACCUGAAGGUGAUCCGCACCAUGCCCAACACCUCCAUGCAGGUGGGCGAGGGCUGCACCGUGUACACGGGCAACGCUCGCGUCUCGCAUCACGACCUGGAGAAGAUACACUUGAUGCUCAACGCUCUGGGAUUGGCUCAGCAGGUGCCGGAGACCAUGAUCGAUGCCGUCACUGGAGUGGCAGGCUGCGGUCCCGCCUUUGUCUACACUAUUAUAGAGGCUCUGGCCGAUGGCGGAGUCAAGCAGGGCGUUCCGCGCCAGAUGGCCAUUCAGUUUGCGGCCCAAACUCUGCUGGGAGCGGCCAAGACGGUGCUCCUCACCGGCAAACAUCCGGCGGUGCUGCGGGAUGAGGUUUGCUCCCCCGGCGGUUCCACCAUAGUGGGAGUCCACGAGCUGGAAAAGGGAAACCUCAGGGCCACUUUGAUAAACGCCGUGGAGAAGUCUUCGCAGCGCUCCGCUGAACUGGGAAAGAAGAAGUGAGUCUGCAGCUACUCCCGAUCCUCCAUUUGCUCUCUACUUAUAAAGUGAAACGCGUGGUAUUGAUAUUACAAUAAUAAUGACUAACAUAAA